AAGCGUCAAGAAGAAGAGAGAAAGAGAAGAGAAGAGGAAGAGAAAAAAAGGUUGGAAGAAGAGAGAAAGAAAAAGGAAGAAGAAGAAAGAAAGAGAAAAGAGGAAGAAGAACGUAUACGUAAAGAAACUGAACAAAAAGCAAAAGAAGAGGCUGAACGAUUGGCUAAAGAGAAACAAGAUCUAGAGGAAAAAGCUGCCCAGGAGAAAAAGAAGAAAGAAGAGGAGGCUAUAAAGCAAAAAAAAUUACAAGAGGAGCAGGAAGCUAAAAAGGGUAAAGGCAUAACAAACUAUCUUGAAGUUGAACAACAAUUCCUACAUUAUAAAGAAUUAAUCCAAAAGAUAAAAUCAGAUAUUGUUUUGAAAGUUAAAUCAGAUUUAUCAACUAAAAAUGCCAUUUCAAAACAUAAAAGAAAAAUCAAUCCAAAGUUUGGUCAAUUAACAAAUAGUUUAUCCCAAUUAUCACGCAUAAGUAAUGAAGUUAUCACAUUAAUCAAUGAAACAAAACCAAAUGAACUAGCUUUCAAAUGGAUAAUGAAUUUUGUGGCAAAAGCCAUAGUGGCACAAUCUGAAACUGAAGUUCGUGCUCAUGCAAGUUCUUCAUUACCAUUGGGUAAAUUAGCUUUGAAUUUGAUGGUGGAAUUUCCUGAAUUGAAAGAAUUUUUAAUUGCUAGAUUUGUGAAAAAAUGUCCAUUUGUAAUUGGAUAUACAUGUGCAAUUGAUACAGAGGAAGGUCGAUUACGUAUGGGUUGGAAAAGGCAUGAUGGUAGUAAAUGGGAAGAUGAAGUUAGUUAUGAUGAAAGAAUGGCUGGUAUGAUGACCGUAUAUAGUGUCUUGACGAGAUUACCAUUAGAUGCUAAAUAUUACAACAAUUUGGAACAUCCAUUACCAAUUUCAAAUGGAUGGAUCAUGUUGGCAAGAAUUGUGAAUCAACCCAAUAAUUUAUUAACAAAUGCACAUUUUAUGGUUAUUUCAUCUUGGUGGGAAGCUUCCGCAUUUGAAUUCACUCAAGUUUAUGGCAAACAAGGUGUCAAAAUGUUGAAUUUAUUAUGGACGUCAUGGGUACAGUCGGUCGAGGAUAAGAAAUUAUCGGCUGCAAAGACUUUACAAACCAUAGGAGAAGAUUGGAGUCAAACUGGGAAAAUUAACAAGUUUGACGAGAUG